AUGGGCAGAGCAGGUGUACAGACCCAGGAACUCAGCACAGGGAUGGUGGGAACUUCUCAUAAUGGGCAGAGCAGGUGUGCAGACCUGGAACCUCAGCACAGGGAUGGUGGGAACCCCUCAUAAUGGGCACAGCAGGUGUACAGACCCAGGAAUUUAGCACAGGGAUGGUGGGAACUCCUCCUAAUGGGCAGAGCAGGUGUACAGACCCGGGACCUCAGCACAGGGAUGGUAGAAACCCCUCAUAAUGGGAACAGCAGGUGUACAGACCCAGGAAUUUAGCACAGGGAUGGUGGGAACUCCUCCUAA